CAGGAUCCCGGGUUUUUCCCCAUGGAAAUCCCAUCAAUUCCGAAAAUCCCAAUGGCAUCGGCGGACGGCGAAGCUGAUGAAAUUAUGGCUCCGCCGCCUGAAAGAAAGGAGUCAUCGAGGUCCCGGCGAUUCCGACCCACCAGGUGCUACUUGCGGGUGCAACUGACUUUCGCUGGACAGGAGGAAAUGCCCUCAGCGACCAUCUUGGAGGCGUCCAUUCAGGAGGCACUGCAAAGUCACUUCGGCAGCUGCGGUGCCAGCAAGUGCCAGUGGUCGUUGCUGUCGCCUCCCGCUGAAAGUGGCUUGUUCCUCCUGAAAACCACCACACCUGAGCAUCUCCAGCAGCUGCGUGCUGCUCUCACCUUGCUAACGCGGAUUCAACGGAGACGAUGCAGGAUGGAUGUCCUGGCAGUGGCACCUUCAUUGGCAGCCCUGGCAUGCAAGAGAUGACCGAAAAAGUGAUUUCAGUGGCUUGACCCAAACGUGUGUAACGCUUUGAUAACAUUUGUAAUGACUGUGUGUG